AUGGACGACACUGUUCCUGACACCCCGGUCAGUGACAAAAAAAUCGUUCACAGUACUCCUCCUGGCAGCGCUAUGGUCGAGGACGACGGGGAGUAUGAAACGAUCGCCACCCUGCCUGUGAACCCUCCUCCGAACACAUUGCUUGCAACACAACCAAUGUCUCCUACCCAGCGCCUCACUCAGCCUACGCAAAUUGUCGACGGUCCUUAUACAGCCAAAGGCAAUUCGGUCGUACAAGUGGCCGCCUCUUCUCCUCUGAGACCCGCCUCAUCUCCUUCUCGCCCUUCCCCAGCCGGUCCUGGACGCCUUUCCAGUCUGAUGGCGCCCAGCGGUACGCGAUUCUGCCCUCCCGCAAAGCGUGCGCCCGUGAUUGACCUAGACGACGAUGGUCCCACCUACCGAGGAGGCUCUUCCGACGACGAUAUUGAGAUGACCACAGACAUCAAACCAGCCACAUUUACGACGAAAUCUUCGAGAAGUCCGGAAAAGCCUGCAGCUAUGGAUCGGUUCAAGGAAAUUACCUCCUCCGCUGUCUACGACCCUUCGAAUGCUAAGCGGACCGCCGCGCAGAUGGAUCCUGCCCCGAAGGGAGUCGCUGUCAAAAGGGCCCGCCAAGAUGGACCCUCACGCGCUCAGCCGGUAGACACGCAGCUGUCAUUGCAGGAUGUUGACGAUUACCAAAUGCGGAUGAAAGUGGAGAGGAUGCUAAAAGUUCUACCGCGGAAGUCGGUUUAUGAUUGCGUACAAGCCCUCCUAGCAAAGAAAGGACGAUAUGAGGAUGCACUAGAUUAUCUGGGCAGUGUCGAGGAUCAAGAUGUACACAAUAUCUCCUCUGAGGACGAACUCAAUGCGAUCAAAAAGACGUCGCCGAUAGCCCCUGCGAAACAGAAUAUCAAAGCCCGGGGAAGGAUUCAGGACAAAUGGACAGCCCCAAACCUGCCGAAGGGAACAUCACAGAAACAGGAGGAUGAAUCAAAGCCGCGAAAACGGUUGAUUCGAGGACCAAAAUCACGAACGUCUCCAGCACCGUCAAGUCCUACUCGGAACGAAACACCUCCAAAGAAGAGCUUCGGUCGACUCGUCCAAGGGCGCAGGCGCCCGUCACCUGCGCGAUCUGAGUCUCCCGAGGCGCCUCUAGUCAUAUCUGAUGAUUCCGACUCUGCCUUUGAUGCACAGGACGGCACCGACCUAGAGGACAAAGUCCUCAACUUUUUCAACAAGUGCAACGCGCCGGGUCUUGCAGACCUAGCCGCAAUAACCGAGGAACUCGCUGCGCACAUAAUCACCAAGCGUCCGUUCUCCUCCCUUGAUGCGGUUCGCGUGGUUCCUGCACCAGAAACCGAGCAAACAACCACCAAGACUGGCCGGAAACGGAAGGCCCCGAAGCCGGUUGGUGAUCGCAUCGUUGAUAAAUGUCUUGACAUGUGGGUAGGAUACGAGGCGGUUGAUUCACUGGUCGCUCAAUGCGAGGCGUUGGGAAAACCAGUAGCGGCGGAGAUGAAGAAAUGGGGAGUUGACAUCUUCGGAAAGCGGGAAGGAGAACUUGAGCUAGUUUCAAUGGAGUCUUCUGGAUCUCACGAUUCAGGUAUAGGGACACCCGCUAGUCAACCAUCUGACGAAGACAGUGAUGGCCCUGGAUCCAGGUCCAGAAAAGCUCGGUUCAUCUCACAGCCCGGAAUUAUGGCUGAAGAUCUCAAAAUGAAGAACUACCAGAUUGUCGGUAUCAACUGGCUAUCAUUACUUUUCGAGAAAGAGCUCAGCUGCAUCCUGGCCGAUGACAUGGGUCUCGGAAAGACCUGCCAGGUGAUAGCCUUUUUGGCCCAUUUAUAUGAGAAGGGCAUCAAGGGGCCGCAUCUCGUCGUUGUGCCUUCGUCCACCAUUGAGAACUGGCUUCGAGAGUUCCAGAAAUUCUGUCCCACCCUCUCAGUGAUGCCGUACUACGCCGACCAGACUGUGCGAGCCCAGAUUCGGGAACAAAUUGAGGAAAACAGGGACGACAUCAAUGUUGUUAUUACAACGUACACAAUCGCAAAGGGCAAGGUUGAUGCGCACUUCCUCCGCAACAUGGAUUUCUGUGCUUGUGUUUAUGAUGAAGGUCACAUGCUUAAGAGUAGCACGUCGGUUCUGUACGAGAAAUUGAUCAGGAUCCGCGCUCGAUUCAGGCUUCUUCUGACUGGAACGCCGCUGCAAAACAACCUGCAAGAACUUGCCUCCUUGUUAGGAUUUAUACUCCCCAAGGUAUUCCAGGAGCGAAAAGACGACCUACAAUACAUCUUCUCAAACAAAGCAAAGACUGUUGAUGAAUCGCAUUCUGCACUUUUGUCUGCGCAGCGAAUCGAAAGGGCAAAGUCUAUGCUGAAACCGUUUGUCCUUCGACGGAAAAAGCAUCAAGUUAUUGACCUACCUGCAAAGAUCUCUCGCGUCGAGUACUGCGAGAUGAAUGCCGCCCAGCGAGAGAUUUACGAGCAUGAAAAGAACGAAGUGAAGAAGCUCUUGGAAGACAGAGCAGCCGGCAAGAAGACAGGUAGCAAGUCUGCAAAUAUCCUCAUGAAACUCCGACAGGCAGCCAUACACCCUCUCCUCCAUCGGCGCCAUUAUAACGACAAAAUCCUCCUGAAGAUGUCCAAGGCCUGCAUCCAGGAGGACAAAUGGGCCGAAUCCGACCCGAACCUCAUCUACGAGGAUCUACAGCCAUACAACGACUUCGAAUGCCACCAGCUCUGCAUAGAUAACCCCAAAUCUCUCGGCAAAUUCGCCCUCAAGAACAACGAGUGGAUGGACUCCGGCAAGGUCGACAAGCUCUGCGAGCUCCUCCGCCGAUUCAAAGAAAAUGGCGACCGCGCUCUCGUCUUCUCCCAGUUCCGCCUGGCAAUGGACAUUCUCGAAGACGUUUUGGAGAAUGAACAUCUGAAGUUCGUUCGCCUCGACGGAACAACCAGCGUCGAGGACCGCCAGUCCAUCAUGGACACCUUCCACGAGCAAACAGAUAUCCCGGUCUUCCUGCUUUCGACGAAAGCCGGCGGCGCCGGAAUCAACCUUGCCUGCGCCAACAAAGUCAUCAUCUUCGAUUCCAGCUUCAACCCGCAGGAAGACGUGCAGGCCGAGAAUCGUGCGCAUCGUGUUGGCCAGACCCGUGAUGUCGAGGUUAUCCGUCUCGUGACCAAGGAUACCAUCGAAGAGCAGAUUUAUGCCCUUGGGCAGACGAAACUGGCCCUUGACCAGGCUGUUGCGGGAGAGGAUGGAGCCGACUCGAAGAAAUCCGAGGAGGCCGGCAUCAAGGCCGUUGAGGAGAUGUUCACUGCGGAGAUCUCGCAGAAGGAGUCUUAG